AUGUGGGUGGACCUGUUCCCCAAGUCCCUGGGACCCCCCGGACCCCCGUUCAACGUCACGCCACGCAAGGCCAAGAAGUUCUUCCUGCGUUGCGUCAUCUGGAACACCAUGGACGUCAUCCUGGAUGAUGUCAGCAUCAGUGGCGAGAGGAUGAGCGACAUCUACGUGAAAGGGUGGCUGGACGGUCACGAACACAUCAAGCAGAAGACGGACGUCCACUACCGCUCUCUGGGCGGAGAGGGAAACUUCAACUACAGAUUCCUGUUUCCCUUCAACUAUUUACCAGCGGAGCAGCUGUGUGUCGUCGACAGGAAG